CCCACCCACGCCCGGCGGCCUGCAUCAGGGAUUGGCCGUCAAGAAUUUCUGGUUUUGAUCCCAACGGGCAAUGCUGAGUGGGAUUGUCUCAUUGCGAUUUUCAAUAACGCCACGCGACCAAGUCCGUUAGACUUAUCUUCUCGGCCAAUCUGGCGACGGACCGGUAUCUCAUCUGGUGCGGCGUCUGGGAUUCGCAGCGGGGGAGGAAAAUCUAACUAUGGAUGUCGGACGUUGACCGUAUGCGACCUGCUCGCUUUUGGAGGAUAUUUUGAGUAGAGGAGGGGGGGCGGGCGCCGAUGAAGCACGACCCCAGUAGUCGGAAUUCUUCUUAAAAAGCUCGACAUCGAACCGGCCCCCAAACCCUUUCGCGCUUGCAUGAACCCCUCAACCGCUGCGUCGGAAAUCGCAAAGCAAAGCCUGCCCGCAAAUGUCGUCAACCGAUCACGCAAAACAGCCCGACGAGGUCGACCGGGAGCUCCAGGAUGAGCAGCCGUCGAAGCCCGUGUCGCGAUUCACGCGCGGUUUCCGCAGCCCUUUGUUCAACGUCAUCAUCGUGGGCUUGAUAUCCUUCACUCAGCCCGGCAUCUGGAAUGCGCUCAACAGCACUGGCGCUGGUGGCCAGCAAGAGCCGUACCUGGUCAACGGGUCCAACUCCCUGACCUUCGGCAUCAUGGUCUUCGGCUGCAGUUUCUUCGCCAUCAUGGCCAAUAAAAUCGGCCUCAAGACGGUCCUCAUUAUUGGCACGCUCGGCUACGCACCCUACUCGGCAGCCAUGUACGUCAACAACCGCUACGGCGUCGAAUGGUUCGUCCUCUUUGGUGGAGCAACCUGCGGCAUCGCUGCGUCUGCCCUGUGGGCGGCAGAGGGUGCCAUCGCGCUUGGCUACGCCGACAUCAAGGACCGAGGCAAGUUCACCGGCAUCUGGCUCGGCCUCCGUGAGCUCGGCCAGCUGCUCGGUGCCUCGAUCCAGCUUUCCUUGAACUCCAAGAACGGCCAGCGCGGAAAGGUCGGAUACUCGACCUACCUCGUGUUGAUCGCGCUCCAGUGUCUCGGCCUUCCUCUGGCCCUUCUCAUCUCGCCCCCGCAAAAGGUCAUCCACAGCGACGGCAGAAAGGUGGCUGACCCGACGAAGAACAAGGCCGUCAUGGGCGAGUUCCGCAAGUGGCUGAAGCUGCUCAAGAAGAAGCAGUUUUACCUCCUGAUCCCUAUCCUCAUCGGCUUCAACUGGAACAGCACCUACCAGGGCAUCUACCUGACCAAGUACUUUUCCGUCCGUGCCCGGACUCUGGGCGGCUUGACAUCCGGCGUCGCGGCUUCGGCCGCCAACAUCUUUUGGGGAUGGUUCUACGACCUGAAGUGCUUCAGCCGCCCUCAGCUCGCCAAGAUCACAUGGGCCUCCUUUUCCGUCAUCAUGCUCGGGUUGUUUGCCUGGCAGGUCGCCAACGAGAAGCUGUACGAGGACACCGUCCCGAAGAUCACGCUUGACUGGACGUCUCCCGGCUUUGGUCGCGGCUUCGCCGUCAACGUUCUUUUCAGAUUUAUGAACGAGUCGCACUACAUGUUUGUGUACUGGCUCAUGGGCACGUUCUUCGACGACCUGGAGACUCUGACUCUGGGCGUCGGUCUCGUACGAUCCUUUGAGUCGAUCGGCUCAUGCCUGGCGUUCGGUAUCGGUGCGGUCAAGACCUCGCCGAUGGUGAACUUGGUUGUCGCGUUUGUCAUGUUUGGGCUGUGCAUUCCCGCAACUUCGUGGGUUGUCUUCCUCGUGCCGGAGCGACCCAUCGACAACACGAAGCUGGACCCGGACAACACCUCGGUGGAGGACAACAAGAUUGCUGACCCGGUUGUUGUGUCCGCUGCUGCAGCAGCUGCGGAUGGUCCGAGGAGCACUUAGGGAUUGUAGGAUGCUUUUCGUGGUCGAUUCGGCUUUAUCC